AUGGACUAUUUUUCCGGCGCAGCGAUUGAUCAGAGCCCAUAUUUUGGCUCAAUAAUAGAUCCAUCGCGAUCGAACUUUACUUCGCCAGGCGAGGCCAUUAGAAACCUUGUCCAUUUCGAUGGUAUCGACAGGUCCAGAGUUCCGGUGGGCCAGACGUGGGAUCCCAUGAGCUUGGACAUUUUCAAGCCAUUUACAGGCAAGAGAAGGAUGCAAAAUCGCGCGUCCCAACGGGCUUUCCGCGACCGCAAAGAGCGUCACGUUAAAGGGCUGGAGGAACAACUCGAGCUCCUCCACGAGAAACAUCAGGAUCUACGAUGCAGUUACAAUUGUCAAACCAAGGGGUUCGAGAAGUUGGAUUUGAAAAUCUCAAAACUCGGUGAGGAUUUCCGAAUGCUGAGUGCGAAGGUCGGCGGUGGUAUUGUCGGCGACGAAUUGGGUAUCAGCAGUAAGGAACGGGAGCAAACUCUUCCGGGCUGGAGGAGAACAGGCAAGCGCCUUGAGGCCGUUCCCGCGAUUAGACUGCAAGAGAAAGCCACCGGGUCUCGACCGCAAGGAAGUCAGAAAGUCGUCCCUAGCAACAUUGUUCGAAAGACAACUUCAGUGUCAGAACUAUCGACAACAUUUGCACUGCAGGACGAAGUUGAUGCUUUCUUUCCCGUCACGACGGUGGGUCUCCCUUGUUCGUCAGAACAAUCAGCAUGGAUUUCGCCACUCGAUGAUAUCGAUCAAGGUCUACACGACACGGUCUUCGACACGUUGGACUGGACCACGGGAAGUGCGGCGCUAAGGAGCGAAAUCUUGCCGGAGUUAGAGGAUUGGUUGAAUCUGUGA